UCGUCUGCUUCCGCAGGUGGCAACUGAUAGAUCUCGGCAAUGGUCGGCCAUUGCGCCCCGGCAUGCCACUGCCCCUCGCCUGCAGCGGCAUUCAUGCCGCCCGUAGCCGUCUACCAUUCGCGCUCGACAAGCAACAAAGCCAGAUCUUCAACAGCGCCACUCCUGGAACCCAGGCCCAGACCUGCCGUCGUCGACGACGAAUCUCACAGAAAGCUCCGGUACUUCGGCGUCUCCGGGUACAUGUUCACGGCCGCCGUCAUAGUGGCCCCGUCGUUUUGGCCCGAUUGGCAAGACUCGCUCACCACCGCCAUUGUGUUCUCCUACACCACGGCGAUGAUCCUCCUGCUUCUCAAACAUUGGGACAAUAAGGAAGACCAACCAGCAAGGCCAAGGCGAUGCCAUGAAAUCACAUGGGUGCAGAUGUUCGUGGUCACCGGGAUCAUGUUGAUCUCCGUGGUGUUGAUGGUCUCCAUUUUCCCUGCUAAGUGGGGUCACCUGGCCAUGAUUGUGUUCAUCUCCCUGGGGGCCGCCACGUUUAGUUUCUUGCUUCUCAAUGUGUGGGACGCGCAACAUGAAAGGGAACGGGUACAGGCUGCAUCGGCAGGAUCUGAAGAAACGUCCACGGAUCUGGCCUAGCCUUCUGAAUUCCACAUUCUGGGGAAUAAAAUAUUCCAUAUAUAAGUAAAUCCUUUUCAUUGUUUUGAUCAUUUUUGCAAACUUUAGCACGAUUUGACCCCGCUUCGAAAAAAAUUCUCGAUCUGACACUUUUUCAUACCGCCGUUGUCUCUAACGGUAAGAUAAGACAGACUACCGUCAUAGUCAAUUACGGUAACAAUUGGUCAACACUAAAACGGCGUUUGCUAAAUAUAGAGGCCUACCGCCAUAGCUGACGGCAGUAGACUGGGCUACCCUACCGCCAGACUUUGUGACGGUAGCCUCCA